GCUCGAGUUGCGUCUCUAUGGCGGCUUCGACUGCCCGUUAGUUGCCGAGCGACAUGAACGCGGAUGCUGAGGGCAACAGCGGUGCUGUGGUCUCCGCGCAGUCUCGAGAGGGCAGUCCCGUGGCGGAUGACUUCGUCCCGUCCGCGCUGGGGACACGAGAACAUUGGGAUGCUGUUUAUGAGAGAGAACUGAAAACAUUCCAAGACUAUGGAGCUACAGGAGAAAUCUGGUUUGGGGAAGAGAGUAUGUACCGAGUAAUACGGUGGAUGCAGAAACACAAGAUCCCGUUGGAUGCCUCAGUGCUUGAUAUUGGAACUGGAAAUGGUGUUUUCCUGGUUGAACUUGUGAAACAUGGUUUCUCUAAUAUAACUGGGAUUGAUUAUUCUCCUUCUGCAAUUAAGCUUUCUGCAAGUAUUUUAGAGAAAGAAGGGCUAUCUGACGUUAACUUGAAGGUAGAAGACUUUUUGAAUCUUUCCACAAAGCUGUCUGGAUUUCAUGUCUGUGUUGACAAAGGGACUUAUGAUGCCAUAAGUCUUAAUCCUGACAAUGCAGUUGAGAAGAGGAAGCAAUAUGUGAUGUCUCUCUCCAGGGUGUUGGAAGUAAAAGGCUUUUUUCUAAUAACCUCCUGUAAUUGGACCAAGGCAGAGUUACUAGAUGCAUUCAGUGAAGGAUUUGAACUUUUCGAAGAGCUUCCAACACCCAAGUUCAGCUUUGGAGGUAGAUGUGGAAACACUGUAGCAGCUUUGGUUUUUCAAAAAAGGGAGACUUCCUUGGACAAAGUCAGUUAGCUUUCUAGAAGAAACUGCAAAGUAAACCUGAUACAGAAGAAGCAAGUGCAAAUAGUGCUUAGUAAGUACCCAGGCUUAGUAAGUACCCAGGCUGCACAGAUUGAAUACCGAUAAUGGGUUGGUGGGAAGCCACAAGCAGUAUCUAGAUAUAAACUAAGAAUAAUUUAAGGUUUUCUUUUGUAUUAUUUUUACUGUGAUUUAUGACAGUUUUCUGUAGCUGUUAAUCAGUUGAAAACUUCAAAGCAGUAAAUGGAUUUAUAGAAAGCA